CCCAUAUAUUCGUUGGAUCAUGACGUUUGGGUCCUUGGGAUGUCAAUAAGAGUCUUUCUCUGUUCGGUUUUGAGAGUAAACGCAAUUGGUCGGGUGAGGCAAUCAAACGCAAUCGUCCGCCACGGAUUAUCGCCAACUCUGAUCUGUGAAUAUCUUACGCAGCCACUGGUCAAUCAUACAUAACAACUUGCUCACUGAUCAGCCUGUCACAGAUACAGACAUAUGGAUUUGAAGUUUUUUGCUUCCUAAGAAGAAAAGGCUCCUUGAAAUCUAGCAGACAACGACAGUCGAGUCGAAACCCAAGUAAGACGUUACAGGACUCAAAACAAAGGUGCUGUCUUUCAUUUUCAAAAGUUCGGUAACUUGGAAAGAACGAUGGAGAAGCAGAUCAGAGACCCAUAACCCAUUCCAUUAAAUUCGAGAUACCAAAUUAUAUAUAGAACGUCCUCACCUUUCUUCUCACUUCUCACCACCACCCAUGGGUCAGCACGAAGACAAUGGCCGAACCACCGCUGCGAGGAGAGGCUUGAAGCGAAAGCUGAAGCCUGAAUUCGAAGACCGGAAGGAGGAUGCCAAGGUUCUCGCUCUCGAAGCCCGCGUGCAUCGCCACGUUAACAUCCGUCAUUCCGUUGUGGAACUACCCGGAGAAGUCCAUUCAAAUCCAGCCAUAACAAGCACCUCCUUUUCCAUGGCUUCUGAAACUCUUCCUUCACCCUGCCCAAGUGUUUGCAAUUAUGAUGUCUUUCUAAGUUUUAGAGGUGAAGACACUCGUAAGAAUUUCACUGAUUACUUGUACUCCUCCUUAACGCAAGUUGGAAUUCAUACAUUUCGAGAUGAAGAAGAGCUCCGCAUUGGGGAGGACAUCUCUACCGAGCUGUACAACGCGAUUCAUGGAUCAAAGAUUUCCAUUGUGGUUUUCUCAAAAGGCUAUGCUUAUUCUAAGUGGUGCCUUAAUGAGCUUGUCGAGAUUAUUCACUGUGCAGAAACUAGAGGCCAAACUCUUCUUCCUAUAUUUUAUCAUGUGGUCCCCUCGGAUAUCCGAAAUCAAACUGGAACUUUUGCAGAUGCAUUUGCUAGGCAUGAAGAGCUAUUUCAAAAUGAUAUGGAAAGGGUAGAGGGGUGGAGAGCAGCACUUAGAGAAGCUGCUUCUAAAAAAGGCUGGGAUAUCGAGCAAGCGGAAAAUGGGUAUGAAUCAAGAGUCAUAGACCAAAUUGUGAAAGAAGUUUUAAGUAAAUUGAAGCCUGAGUAUUUUGCUGUUGCCAUUCACCCAGUAGGAGUCAAUUCACGUGUUGAAGAGAUGAAAGCUUUAUUAAAUCUUGAAACAAGUGACGUUCGCAUUGUUGGCAUCUAUGGGAUGGGCGGGAUUGGUAAAACCACGAUCGCAAAAGCUGUCUAUAACCAAAUACGUGAUACAUUUGGGAGAAGCAGUUUUCUUAUGCAUAUCAAGGAAAAGUCUGAACAUUUCAAUGGCUUGGUUGGUUUACAAAAACAACUUCUUUGUGAUAUCUUCAAAAGGAAGAAAUUUAAGAUUGACAGUGUUGAUAGAGGAAUCAGAUUGAUUGAAGAAAGAAUUCAAGGCAAAAGAGUUCUUGUUGUUCUUGAUGACGUGGAUGACUUGGAACAAAUAUAUGCCUUUGUUGGACAACGCAAAUGGUUUGGUCCAGGAAGCAGAGUCAUUAUAACAACUAGAAAUGAACAUUUGCUGAAACAGGCUCAGGUGAAUGGAAAGUAUGAGAUUAGAGAAUUGGAUAAGUUUGAAUCUCUUCAACUUUUCAGCUGGCAUGCUUUUGGAACGACACAUCCAAUAAAAGAUUACCUUGACCUUUCGGUUAGUGCUGUGAAUUAUGCUGGAGGACUUCCAUUAGCUCUUGAAGUUCUAGGUUGUUUUCUAUUAGGAAGAAGUGCCAUUGAAUGGAAAAGUGAGUUGAAAAUAUUACAAAAAAUGCCUCACGACAAGAUUCAUAAAAUACUUAAAAGAAGCUUCGAUUCCCUAGAUCAUGAUAAAAAGAUGAUAUUCCUCGAUAUUGCAUGUUUCUUUGUCGGUUUAAACAAAAAAUAUGUCAUUACAAUACUUGAUGGUUGUGGCUUCUCCUCCAUAAGCGAUAUAAACAUUCUUGUUCAAAGGGCCCUCCUAAGAAUUGACGAUCAACAUAAUAAGUUAGGAAUGCAUGAUUUGAUUCGAGAUAUGGGAAGAGAAAUUGUUCGUGAAGAAUCGCACCAAUAUCCAGGAAAGCGUAGUAGAUUGUGGUUUCGCACUGACGUCUUGAGUGUAUUGCACAAACAUAAGUUCAUUUGA